AUGGGAAAGCAUGAGAAUAAAUUGACGGUAGGCUUUGAUGAGAAAUAUCUGGAGAAACUGUAUGAUAAUCAACGAAAGGGCAAGUCAGUCGUGAAGAAAAAAAUUAUUAUGCAUUAUGGAGAAUAUCCGAUACUUACAAUUAGUAACUACACUUCCUGUUAUGCUUGUGAAUGUGAACUGUCAUAUGACAGAUCCAAUUGGAGAGAGGCUGAUAUCAUCAUUUUAACAGAUGAAAAUUAUCCUCGAGGUGAAAGACCACCGAAUCAGUUAUGGUUUAUUUUUAUACAUGAGCCACCUUAUAAAGUGAAACUCUCAUAUGAUUUGGGUGACAGAGUGAACUACACAAUCACUUAUCGUCAGGAUUCAUCAGUCUUCCUGCCGUAUCAUAAUUAUAAACCAUUUGACCCAAGUCAUUCAUGGGAUACAAGAUAUCCACUCCCUUCUCGUAAUUAUGCUAUUGGCAAGACUAAAAUGGCUGCAUGGUUCGUCACCAACUGCAACCCUAACAGUCCAAGAAAUGAAUAUGCGGAGGAGCUAUCGAAGCAUUUUGAGGUUGAUAUCUAUGGAAGUUGUGGUACAAAGACAUGUCCCAGAACUAACGAACCUGAGUGUUACAAACUUCUCGAGAAAGACUACAAAUUCUACUUGAGCUUCGAGAACAGUUUGUGUCCAGAUUAUAUAACAGAGAAGGUUUUCAGAAAUGCUUACAGUCACAAUAUAGUCCCCAUCGUUAUGGGUGCAUCGAUUGAAGAGUACAAACGUGUCUCACCUCCACAUUCAUUUAUCCACGUGGAUGAAUUUGAAUCACCUGCAAAACUUGCUGAAUAUAUGAAGUAUUUAGACCGCAACGAUACUGCAUACAAUGAAUACUUUGCAUGGCGUGAACACGGAGCUAAAGAUGACUGGAUGCCUCGACCUGAGUGUGUAUUGUGUUUAUUCGCCCAUGUCCGCGAACAACUUGAGCCACACUCAGUGCCAAAUGUUUCUCGAUGGUGGAAUAAUGCUUGUUUUGGUCGAAAAUUGCGCUGGAAUCCUGGCGGUAUAUGA